AUGUAUAACAAGACACAGUUAUGUUAUCCAAAUGAUGCUUCAAUUCAACAUAGUAUGAAUAAUAUGUCUUUUAAUUCCUUUUAUCAAUCGGAUGCUUAUCCGAAUGGGAGUACAUUGCAAAACUGCAAUGUUUACAAUAAAUUGUUUCCAGAAAAGAAUAUAUCUGAAGAGAAUUGCGACAUUAUAAAUGGGGUUCAUACAUAUGAUGGCUACAACGAGAGAGCAAAUGAUGUGGUUAGUCAUAGGAAUAAGAAAAAAAGAAGCAAAAUCAGAAUGAACUGCAAUUAUAGGGCAAACACUAAUGAAGAGAGUGGCAGUGAUAACAAUGGUUACCAUCUAAGUAAUAAAAUGAUUAAUACAUCGAAAAAGGUUAAAAAAAAAGAUACACUAAUAAGUAUUACAACUGAUGAUAGAUCUAGUGAAAGUGAUUACACGGAGUGUAGUGAGCAAAGUGUACCUAGUUUAGGAAGAUCAAAAAGACCUAGAAAAAAAUUUAUGGGAAAAUAUUCCUUUUCAGAAAUAAAAAAUAGCUUUUUAUAUCCAUGGAAUUUGUCUGCUACCGUUGCAUCUCAAUCAAAUGUGUUGAAUCCACGUCUUGACUGUUUUCAUUAUCGAAUAACAACUAAGACAAAAGGUGGGGAGAGAGAUAGAAAACCGGAAAUUCUUGUCAGAUUUUAG